AGUGGUUACCUUUUAGCUGCACAAUGUCGAGAGAAGAGUUCUGUCAGUGUCGUCAGAGACAGAAGUAAUGUCAGAGAUAAAACGAUGGUACAAUUCUUUCUAGAUCGAGAUUAACGGUAACCAAAUCAUCCCAAAUCAACUGAUCAAUCAACCUGACUGAGGCACCUGUUUCAACAUGGGUAACCAACACUCUCAACAAUAUGGACAAGCAGGAGGAAUAACCCAGCAAGGGGUUCGAGUUGGAGCCCAUUCGAACAUCCCAAAUGACGCAGUGCCAUAUCAAGGGCCUCGACAUCAGUACUGCUUCAUCAAUGUCGAAGCAACGCUGUCUACACAAGCGUCAUUUUUAUCGGCAGCAAUCAUCUCUACGAAUAUCGAUGCCUACUACCCCAUCAUAUGCCAACCUUACGCGGAUGGCUUCAUCCUUAAACAGUUCCAGUCAAUUCCUGGGGUGCAACGACAGAAAGGGUUUGGCUUUAGUAUGGCCAUGCCCUUCCAGGCAAUCUUGUGUAAGCCACUCACGGCUCCAUCCCAUGAGAGAUGGCAGCUUAGGGUUGAGAAGAGCUUUCUACAAACCCAACAAGUUCUUCAGUUUUUCAGUUCCAGCUCAACUUCAGUUGCCGACACUUCUGACAUUUUUCAGAAGAUAAACAGUGUGACAGCUCAGGGAGGCCGUUUGAUAUGUAUUGAAAUCACUGGUCACGAGCGAGGGCCCAGCUUUGGACAGUCAUUCUCAGGAUACCAGGGACUGAAAGGCGUUGACCUCUUCUUCAACAUGCCUCUACAUCCCAAUCCCACCAUCUAUGUGUACCAAGCGGUCAGCGUGCCAAUUCAGUUCCAGUUAAUGGGAGGAUUUGGUCAAACUCAAAUCAGGGUCUUGACCGACUUCAUGGGACAGUUUUCCGCUUACCUGCAAAAAGGCUGGAAGCUUGUUGAGGUCAACUUUGACACGUCUCAAACCACACAGGCUGGAUUUUUCCAGGCUCGCUCAAGUAUGAACUCCAUCUGGUUCUUUGAGAAAGAAGCUUCUAAGAUCAACAGUCAAGUACCAGAAUGGGAAGGGACGAUCAUCGAGUAUGAGCAUAAAGUGUCGGCAUCAUUUGGCGGUACCAGAGCCAAGACUAAUUGGGAUCCGAUUAUGAUUGACAUGGGCCAGCGAGGCUGGGAAAUAGCUUGCCUUGUUGAGUCACCAGAAGUCUACCAGACAGGAUUCACUUCAUCUGGCAUGAAGGUCUUGAUGUUCUUCCAGCGUCGCAUCAUACGCCCUUCUGGGGCUGGGGGUUUUGUUGCGCCACAGGGUGGUCAUGUACCCCAGCCCAGUGGGUACCAUCAACCCACUGGCGCACACCCUCCACCCACUAGUGGGUACCCUCAACCCACUGGCGGGUAUCCUCAACCUACUGGCGUACACCCUCCACCCACUAGUGGUUACCCUCAACCCACUAGUGGGUACCCUCAACCCACUAGUGGGUACCCUCAACCCACUAGCGGGUACCCUCAACCCACUAGCGGGUACCCUCAACCCACUAGCGGGUACCCUCAACCCACUAGCGGGUACCCUCAACCCACUAGCGGGUAUCCUCAACCCGCUGGAUGUCCACCUCCAUCAUACCCUGGUUAUCCUCAUCAGGCACCACAAGGUGUGCCUGCUCCAAAGAAGUAAACCUGUGGGUCAUGUUCCCUGUUCGCAAAAAUGCAAAUGCUCAUUCUACACUAAGGUGGCCUGACCAUUAUCUUAUUUGAAUCUCAGGAAUUCUUAAGAAGAUUUUAGAAGGGGCAAGGGUACUCCUCUUUUUUCAGGGGAAAGAGCGUGUUAAAAUAGGAACAUUGGGGAUACCCUGUGCCCUGUAUCGGGCAUGGUAUAAAGAGUCUUAAUUCGGUAACACUGAUUUGAGUGGAAGAAAAACAUAAUGGCCAAUUUAUUGACUGAAACAAGUUUUCAUUUUUUUUUUUUUUUUUUUUUUUUUUUUUUUUUAUAUACUUUUCUUAAUGGUAUUACUGAAAUGUAACCAGAUGAUGUUCAAUUUGUCUAAGCCAAAAAAUAUAAAACAAAUCAUUGAGUGACUUAUGGGCUCCAAGUAAAACUAAAUUCCUGAUCCACUGACUGAAACAAGUUUUCAUUUGUUCUUAAUUUGAAAUUUUGUUUUUAUACUUUCUUAAUAGUAAUACUGAAAUGUAGGCAAAGGGAGUUAAAGUUGUCAGAGCAAAAAUUAUCCAUCAAGUCAUUGUGUGACUUUGACUACUGUGGCUAUAAUAAUGGCUUCAGAAGGACUGUAAGAAGAUGUCUCAUCUUGCCAUAUAGCUGAGGCUGAGUGACUUAUGGCUGCGGCUUAUGGCAUAAGCACCGAUGUUGAUGUUGGUAAAACAGUAAUCAUACCAUUGCCACAGCCAUUAUAGUUGUUAUUUCAUUUAUCCAGCUGCAAAUAUACCUGCCCAACUUAUGGGCAUUUAGUUUGAAAUUAUAUUAUUAAACAAAAAAUUUAUAAAAUGGAAGUUCCAUCCUCUUCAUUAUUAGUAACAACAAUCUGAUUAGUGGAUUUAUAAAGGCUGAAUAUUGAACAACUUACUUUUAAAACAAUGCUAAGCAUCUAUAGUUUACCAAAUUCACCUAAACAUCGUCAACGUAAAGAUCAUAUGGCACGAUCUUCUUGAAGUAUUAAAGGAACACUGCGCCUUGGAUCGGUCGAGUUGGUCUUUGAAAAGCGUAUGUAACCAUUUGUUAUA